CCCGGCAGCCGCUUUGCUGGACGAGCCCAGACCCGGUAGGACACAGUGUAAUCCCGCGACCCGCCCAGUGUCCGGGACCACCGCGGGUUCGAGUCUACACCGGGCCCCAGUCUCCAGGGAUUCGCGCCGGGCAGGUUCCUUGGCCAGUCCACCACCUCCCCACCAAACUGGAGCGAUAAGUUGGGUAGUUAGAGGAUGUCAUCGGAGCAGAGAGUGGUGUCCUGUGGUUCUGAUGUGAGCUGGCCCUCGGUGAAUGGAGAUGAGGUUGGACGUCCCGGUCUCCAGAGGCAGAUGUUACCCACCCACCUCAUGUCAAACGAUGGUGCCAACACGAACAUCACCACCACCACCACUGAGGAGGAAGACUCGUACAUCUCAACGUCCUUGCCGCCACCUCUGCCUCUGUGCCCGCCCGUGGGCAUGGUGCAAGGCAGCCUCCUACUGCCGGACAUCAAACCAAAGAGGAAAUUCAUCCCCGACUCUUGGAAAAGCUUCUGGAGGUUCGGCGGAAGGCGGGACGAGUUUGCGCCCGACCUUGGCUCCUCGUGGGGGGCGGAGGAGAUCUCGCCGCCGGUGUCGCCGUUCCUGACCCGCCGCGGGGACCGGUCAGCGGCGGACGAUUGCGGGAGGUCCUGGCCGAGCGACUGCCCGGGGAAGGAGCCGGAGACGGCCCAGAGCUACACGGAGAGGAUGCACGUCUACCAGCUGAAGCACGCCUACAUGAAGUCGUGGCCGGGACUGCUCAGGCUACUGGGAGUCAUGCAGCUCCUGUUCGGAGCCAUGGUCUUUGCGUGCGUGUGUGCGUACAUACAGAAAGACAACCAGUGGUACAAUUUCCUCGGUGGGUCCUACCCAGCCUAUGGCAUCGGCAACAACUAUUCCUACACGGGCCCCAAAACGCCGUUCGUCCUGGUCAUGGCGGGCUUGGCCUGGAUUGUCACCAUCGGUCUGCUCAUCCUUGGCCUGUCGAUGUAUUACAGAACCAUCCUUCUAGACUCGGGCUGGUGGCCACUGACGGAAUUCACCAUGAACGCCUGCAUCUUCUUCUUGUACAUGGCGGCUGGUAUAGUCUACGUCGAUGGGUUUGGCCUGGGAGGCCUGUGUUACACCAUGAUGGCCAACAGCCCCCUGUAUUACCAGCUGUGCCGGGUGGAGAGCGGGCAGAUUGCAGCCUCUGCCUUCCUGUUCUUCAACAUGCUCCUGUACCUCCUGAGUGCCGCCAUGUGCCUGAAGGUGUGGCGUCACGAACUCAACCGGAGGGAGAGGGAAGCCUUUGAAAGCAAGCGCGGGGCGGCCAAAGUGGUGGCGGUGAGACGGCCGUUCUUCUUCAAACGCAUGUCGUUCCGGGCGAACGCACCGCGGCCGCCCGGCGAAGGGGCCGCCAAGAGCUUCCCGUCGAGGUGCAACGGUGCGGGCACGCUCAACAAGUCCAUUCCCGCCGGAUUCAUCCCGAAGCCUCUCAUCGUUCCCGAUUACGUCACAAAGUACCCGAAGAUUGAGACUGCAGAGGAGAGAGAACGGUACAAGGGAGUGUUCAAUGACCAGUACGCGGAAUAUCGGGAGCUACACACUGAGAUCUAUGUGGCCAACAGGAAGUUUGGGGAGCUGAAGACUCUGAUCGAGAGGCUGCCCCACUACGUCGAGACAUCAGAGGAGCACAGACGUAUAAUGAAGAUCCUCGAAGAUUACAAGGAGAAAAAGAAUGACCCAACCUUUGUGGAGAAGAAGCAACGAUGCACUUACCUGAAGAACAAACUCUCGUACAUCAAGCUGCGAAUCCAGGAGUAUGAUCUAGACUGUGACUCCUCCAGCAGAAUAAUUCUGAAUGUUAUUGGUGAACUCAGAGAGAGAGACAGAGAGAGAGACAGAGAGAGAAGGGGACGGAGACGGAGAGGAAACAACAAAAAUAUAGAGAGUUCCCCACCCCACACCCCACACCCUCGAACUCGAGCUUGCCCACUCCCAACACUACAGAGGUGGACGCACUCAUUGCGAGUUACAAAGGGCCCUUUCCAGAGCGUGGCCACCAUGUACGGGAGUCGCCCCUACGGCAGCCCCCCUGCCUACAGCCCCACCCAGUACAGCCAGCCCGUGGACAGCCUUGAAUACGACGUGCGCUCGCCGCCCCCUGGCUCGUACUACAUAGAGGACAAGCCGCAACACUUCUACAAGUGGAGCUCACCUCCCGGCAUCAUCCGCAUCUUGGAAGGGAUUGUUGUCAUCUUGUGUCUGGCUAUCUUCGCCUGCGUUGCGUCCACCUUACAGUGGCAAUACGGCUACGGUUACGGCAUGGGUUUUGGCGGAGGGAUGGGAGGUUACGGCAUGGGAGGAAUGGGAGGAAUGGGAGGAAUGGGCGGGUACAUGGGCGGAAUGGGAGGAGGUGGAGGCUACGGGUACGGCAUGGGCGGCGGAUACGGCAACAGCUACGGCAGCGGCACCACCAACCCCAGGGCUGCCACCGGCUUCAUGAUCGCCAUGGCUGCCAUCUCCUUUGUCGUGGUCCUCGCCUUCUUCAUCACCAGCGUCAGCAAGUCGCAACGGUCCCGGAGCCGCAACUUCUACCUGAUGGUGCUGAUCUUCUCCGCCAUCCUGGGCGGCAUGGAGCUGAUCGCCAGCGUGGUCUACAUCAUGGGGGUCAACCCUAUGGCCGGCAGCGGAGGCUCCAUGUACUACAGCCAGAUCCGUGUGAUCUGCAGCCAAUUCUACUCUGGCAUGGGAGCUAACAUGAUGAUGGGCAACCAGUAUCUCUACCACUACUGUGUCGUGGACCCUCAGGAGGCCGUGGCCAUUGUGUGCGGGUUCCUGGCGGCGCUGGCCUUCUGCAUCAUCGCUUUCCUGGCUCAAAGAGUACGGCAGAAGAUAUGGAAGUACGGAAAGCCCAACAUCCUCUGGGAUAAGAACUUCGCCGACCAAGAAAUGGGGCCAAACGUGGAGGAGUGGGUGAAGACGGUUCCAGCACCAGGUAACGAAGAUGCAGAAACCAUUCAGUUCUCUGAUAAACCGGCCAACGGAGUCAACGUAAUGAGCGUCGCUGAUUAUAACCCACGACCGACCGCGUACAACUUGGAGAGUCAAACUGACAGUCCCUAUCAACCUUCCUCUUACCCCUCGAGAAACUACAACUCCACUCCAUCGGAGGAGCCCCCGAGCAAGCGCCCGGCCGGUCGGAAGAAGGGGAAGAGGAGGAGGGGCCGUCCGGAGGUGGAGGAGUCUCAGUACGAGACUGAUUAUACCACGGGGCCAGAGUCCUGCGAUGACAUGGAUGAUGAUGAGCAGUGGGAAAGGUUGUACCCUCCCAUAACAUCUGACCCCACCAGGCAGGACUACAAGCGUGAGUUUGACGCCAACCACCAGGAGUACCGACAACUCUGUGCCGAAAUGAAGGAAGUCAAUGACCAGAUUAAUUACCUGAGCAAGAGGCUUGAUGUGGUCACUGAAGAUGACCCCAGCUAUCAGGGAGUUGCUGAGGAAUACAACAGGUUAAAGAACUUCAAAAUGACGUCCGAAUAUCGCAACAAGCGUCUCCAGAGCAAGCGAAUGAAGAGCAAGCUCUCCUACAUCAAGCGGAUGGUCAGUGACUAUGACCGUCGGCGACAGUAGAGCUGAGAGCGGCUACAGGUCUUCCCCUCCCCCCUGUCCCCACACCCAGCCAUUGCCCAGAACAUGGAAACUCCAAAUAAACCCCUGAAGACACCAGUGAAAAUCGCAAACUCCAUUUUGUAAACACCCCCACGGAACUUGUAACCGGGACCUCGGGAAUCUCACCAUCAUCACGAGGUUGAAUACUCCUGAAUGCUCACCUCGAGCUGCAGAGCUGGGAACCGUCCCCAGGGGCAAACGCUCUUCCUCCUUUAGCUUCAACGGACAUUUUGGUUCUGAAUGACUCUGGACUAGGAUUGACCUGUGAUGUUCAAUGCCUGUUGAACCCAUGAGCGAUUCCUGGCCCACCGUAUCUCCACCAAGGACCUGAAACUUGCCCGCCUGCAGGUGGCUCCUGACACCGACCUACUGACUGGCAGAACCCAAUGGCGUGUUGGCUUGAAGUGUCUGGAGAACUGCAUGUCGGGCCAUUGGACAAUGAGACGAGUUGAUCCACCACACGUGGGCUGUGGAAGGACUCGGCUAAUGAUGAUGACCAAUGCAAGUCAUCAUUCGCUCUGCUGUACAAAGGCUUUUAUCGUUUUUCUAUUAAUCUAAACUUUAUUCAAAGCACCAGAAAGAAAAAUUUAUUUCUAAACCAUUUUAUGAUAUAAUUAAGAUAUGCCGGGUGCUUCAUAGGAACACAUACGUUCGUAAAUUCAUAGGAGCAGAAUUAGGCCAUUCGGCCCAUUGAGUCCAUUCAAUCAUGGCUGAUCAUCUUUCCCUCUCAGCCCCAUUCUCCUGCCUUCUCCCCAUGGUGACCUUACGUAUCAAGAACCUGUCCACCUCUGCUCUAAAAAAUACCCAAUGACUUGGCCUCCACGGAAGUUAGUGGCGAUGAAUUCCACAGAUUCACCACCCUCUGACUGAAGAAAUUCCUCCUCAUCUCACAGCGGUACAGUGGCGCAGCGGUAGAGUUGCUGCCUCACGGCGCCAGAGACCCAGGUUUGAUCCUGACUACGGGUGCUGUCUGUACGGAGUUUGCACGUUCUCCCCGUGAUCUGCGUAGGUUUUUUUCCGGGUGCUCCAGUUUCUUCCCGCGCUCAAAAGACGUGCAGGUUUGUAGGUUAAUUGGCCUCUAUAAAUUGUCCCUCAUGUGCAGGAAAGAACUAGUGUACGUAUAUAUAUAUAUAUAUAAUUAAUGGGCGAUAGACAAAAAGCUGGAGUAGCUCAGUGGGUCAGGCAGCAUCUCUGGAGAAAAAAGGAAUAGGUGAUGCUUCGAGUUGAGACCUGUCUUCAGCUGGGCAACUGGGAUUUAAACAAUGAACAAUGAUUUUGAGAUCUCAAUAUAUUGGGGAAACAAGGAACUGCAGAUGCUGCUUUACAAAAAGAACACAAAUAGUGCUGGAGUAACUGAGCAGGUUAGGCAGCAUCUCUGGAGAAGAUCAGAGGUGAUGUUUUGGGUUGGAUCGUUAUAACAGCACUGUCCAACAUGUCCCAUCUACCUGCAUUUGGCCCAUAUCCUGUCCUAUCCAUGUACCUGUCUAAAUGUUUCUUAAACGUUGCGAUAGUCCCAGCCUCAACUAUCUUCUCUGGCAGCUUGUUCCAUUCACCCACAACACUUUGUGUGGAAAAUGUUACCUCAGGUUCUUAUUAAAUCUUUCCCCCCACCCCCCCACCUUAAACCUAUUACCUCUAGUUCUCGAUUCCCCUACUCUGGGCAAGAGACUCUGUGUGUCUAUCCGAUCUAUUCCUCUCAUGAAAUGGACAAGCUCCGCUUAUUCCUGUUGAUCUUCGUGGAGUAGGACUGCAUUUCCGCACCACAAACGCUACGUUUGUCAAUGUGAUGAAGCCAAGCCUCUGUAAAGCAAAGAUAGACACAAAAUGCUGGAGUAACUCAGCGGGACAGGCAGCAUCUCUGGAGAGAAGGAAUGGGUGACGUUUCGGGUCGAGACCCUUCUUCAGACUCUGUAAAGCAAGAUGCCUUCAGAGUGUAUUUUUGGGGUCCCAGAAUGUAACAGUGCAAAUAUUACAAGUUACUGCCCAGAUUAAUAAUGGUGCCCUUAUGAUAAAUCAGACACAAUUAAUAGAGAUGUCAAAACUAUUUUCAAUCCGUGUUGGUAAUAUUUCUCCAGUGUGGUUCCAUCACCACAGACCACACUAAUUAAUCAUGGCCCCAGUCGUCUAUUGUGAAAAUGAUUAUUGUAUUACAUAUUUUGUAUUGAGGUAGCAACAAAUUAUUGUAAUAUAAUGCUUUUAUCUGUUUUAUUAUGAUAUAAUUUUUAAAAUCUUUUGUAUUUUUUAAAUGAAUUGUAUCUUAAAUAUUUUAUAUCAUGUUUGGUCACCAACAGUGACUGA